AUAGAGCUUUUAAAAUAAAAAGAAUAAGCAAAUAAUCUGCUUUUAAUUUGUGUCAUACAAAAAAAUUUUUUUAAACAGUUUGCUACAAAAAGAAAAAUAUACAUCUGGCAGUUUAAAAGCGCAAGCAAAAAGAAAUUUUUUCAGAUUGUUUACAAAACAAAACAAACGGAUCUAUGCCUCUUACUGCCGAAAACGCUGCCCAACAAAUACAGGAUCGCCUCAAGGAUGUGCAACGUCUAAUACACCAAAUCGAUGACGAACGACGUCGUUCAGAGGGUAACAUAAACAGUUUAACAAGAGCUCAACAAUCGAAUUUACCGCCAAGCAAAUUGAAGUCUUUAUAUAAAUCUUGCUUACAAGACGCGGUUGUAGAGGAAGCUACAAUACGUAAUGCUUUGGAAAAAAUUCAAGAAAUACGCAAUAUUCGUAACGAAAGACGCAUACAGGCCCGUAAUGCUGGAAAUAAAGAAGCUAUACGACGUGGAGCUCUGAUGAAAAUGGUCCAAAUAUCGGCGCAGACGUUGCCUUUGUUUGUCAGCAAACCGGGUGAAAAAGUACCACCUCUAUGUGGAGCUAUUCCUGCCGAGAGUAAUUAUAUAGCCAGAGUGGGUGAUAACGUCGCUGCCUUGGUAAAAGGUGUGGAGGAUGAGGAGAAUUGGAUUUUAGCUGAAGUAGUGCAAUUUUUGCAAAGGCAAAACAAAUACGACGUUAUCGAUAUCGACGAGGAGCAGAAGGAUCGGCAUGUGUUAAGCAAACGUAAAGUCAUCCCGCUACCUUUGAUGAGAGCAAAUCCGGAAACAGACGGUCAUGCUUUAUUCGCCAAAGACACAAUAGUUAUGGCCCUGUAUCCUCAAACAACCUGUUUUUACAAGGCAAUUAUACAUAAACUACCUCAGUCUGCUACGGAAGACUACGAGGUAUUAUUUGAAGAUUCUUCAUAUACUAAUGGUUACGCUGAGCCGUUGCCCGUAGCGCAGCGUUAUGUUAUUGCUUAUAAGCCUACCAAGAAAAGCGGUAGCAGCGGUGGCGGUAGUAGCAGUGUUUCCUCAGCUUAGGUUUCUUUUUU